UAAGAUCUGGACUGUGCUGCUUCUUGUAUUUUGCUAGUGCUCUAAUAGAGAAGCUGUGCUGUCACGUGUGAUUGCGCAUAUGACAUCAGAUCGCUCAAAGCGGCAAUCACCUUGGAACGCAGUGGUAAAGAGGCCAACGAAAUCCUUUGGCAAGGCAGCAACAAUUUGCAAAGAAGAUAAAUAAACGUUCUUUCCACUACCUCUCCCAAUAAAUACGCAACUGCCUUGCUCGCGCUAUCGCCUGACCUCUACUGCAUCCUCAGUCCUGAUCGCAGACCGCGCGUUCUAUACUCCCUUUACAACCUGCGCUGCGUCAUACACGUCUCCAAGAUGCCGCCAAUCCCAACCUUCAAGAACGCGCCCAUAAAGGCUGACGGCGUCACCCCUCAGACCGACGAUGGCUCGAACCCAGCCCCAACACCCACCUCGCGCUACGUCCCCGCGACAACAACCGUAGAUUCCUCCCUCCCUCUAGCGCCCCAGCCAGGCGCCCGUCCAAUACCAACCGCCACUGCGUCCGCUGACUACAACAGCCCUCCGGCUCCACAGCCAGGCUAUACCGCAGCACACAUCACAACCGAGACGCGCGUGCAGGCGCCGCCUCCACAAUUCACACAGCCGCCGCCGAGCGACUCGCAGCUCGCCGGGCGCUCGACAGUGACUUCGACGACGGCGAGUAAGCCGGGGCCUACGAAGUUGAACCUCGGACCGGCGGCUAGCCCGUUCCAGCGUGCGAACGCUGGCGGCGUGGUGCCUUCGGCGAUUGCGACAGAUGGAGACAGGAGGAGCCUGGAGCAUCCGCCGGGCUAUCAGCAGGCGCCUGACAAUGCGCCGUACACGCAGGGUGGUGGUAUUGGUGGCGGUGAGAGUACGGGGGGCGGCAUUGGGGCCCAGGCGUGGAACAUAUUAUCGAGAGCUGGUGAUGCUCUCAAGGGUGCAGAAGAAGCAGCAUGGAAAGCGGCCAACGGGAAAAAAUGAUCAGCAGGCUGGCUAGGCACGUGCUGUUGUAGAACGAUGGUCACGAACAUCACGCAAUGAGACGAUAUUUUGUCAAGGAAACCCGAAUCUUUCUAUGAACCGCUGUUUUUCCCAUGCUCCAAGCGAUGAGAACUGAACACCUAGGAAAGGGGUAAAUGGACAAAGCAAUGCAAGCCGGAUAUGACGAGUAGUACAGGGCAAAGUAAAGUACAAGGUGUUUUACCACCGGUUCGUGCUUUCCGUGACGGGCUUGAUGUGCUCCAUCAUUCACCUCUACACACUCGCACUCGCGUCGCGAUCAUCUGCUUCCACCACGUGAACUCGUUUUGGGGUAUCGAAGAAAGGCGGAAGGCGCUUAACCAGAUCC